AAUGUGGUAACAAAAUGGCUGCUUCCAUUUAGCAGAACGUUGUCGAUGCAUGGAUUCAUUUUCACCACAAAAGGCUUAACCAUAGACUCUUAUGCAAGGUGUAUUGUCAUAAGAGGAUAACCAACAGGAUGGCAGCCAGUAGAAUGUGUGUGCAAAGCCUCAGAGUGACCUGUAGAACAAGUAACAUACAAGCAUUGGUCCAAAUACAACCACCUACCAUUGCAAAUGGGAACUAUUCAGCAUCAUUUCAACAGCUAGGAUUUGGUGCCAAGGGCAAAAGUAAGCCAACAGCUGUAACUUUAGGACAGAGCACGGCAUUUAAACUGCCAUCACUGGACAGCAACAAGUUUUACAAAAUAGGUAUAUUAGAUCACCAUCAACCCAGUUGGUACGAGUUCCCUACUUUAGCUCAUAUGGGGUCUGUCUUGGAGAAAGAGGCUCCACCUUUAAAUGAAAACGACUUUAAAGGUGAUCCCAUGCCUGAUGAGGCAACUGUAAGAAAGGAAGCCAAAAGAAUUCAGAAAAUACGCAAACGCAGGAUAAGAGGUCUCCAUUUUAAAAAAAAAAGGAAAAAGAAUGGAAGUAUAGUUCGUGCUUUACGGAUCAGGAAGCGAGAAAAGCAGGCAGCAAAAAUGAAGGAAGAGUUUGCAGCCAUUUUGGAGUCGGCAGAAAGGUUUGACCCGUGGGGAGAAUUGCAAAUGAAAACUAAAGACUUCAAGAGACUUAGGGUAAAGGUGCCGUCUGCUUAUAAGGAUCUUUAUAAAAGGAUUCAUCAAGUUAGAUUACAAUGAUGACACUGGGCGUAACGCAGAUUGGAAAGGCACUAAACAAACGACCAACCCCCCAUAAAAGGCUUAUCAUCAUAAUUGUCAAAGUUUGGUUCUUUAAAAUUGAUUGACCUUUGUGUCACUUAUCUGAAAGAAAAAGCAUUUUUCUCAAAUUAUUGCACUGUGUUGAUUAAAUUGUACUGUAUAUCUCAGUGAAAAAUAUUAAAUUGUAGGGCUUUCGUUUGUAUCAUACAUUUUGAAUUAAUUUUGAAGACACUCAGCUCACAAUAGGAAAAUGGUGAACAUGUUGUUUCUCUGUCUUUAUAACCCUAGCAGGGCAAAUGUCUAAUGAUUUCUCAACUAAAAUUUCUUUUUAUGAAAUAAAACACUGAAGAAUA